GAGCGAUCGAAAGCUCUGUAUCAAGUGCUAGCGUCACGCUCCUAUUAGUUUACUUACCGCCUGUGUUCCAUUUUUUUCGUCCUUUCCCCUGUGUGCAAAGACUUCGCACUCGCAACCCCGGCAAAUUGCUUUCUUGCGAAGGCUUCUCCUCUCCCUUCUCUCUUUCACUCGCAUUCUCCUCCAUUCGCCGGCACCGAGAUGGCUAUCGAUCACGCGUCCCCUCUCGGACUGAAGAGCAGAGGCGCCAUGGGCGGGGGUGAGUGCGACGACGAGGCGGAGAACCAGCGGUGGCCGCCGUGGCUGAAGCCGCUGCUGUCCACGAGCUUCUUCGUGCAAUGCAGGAUCCACGCCGACGCGCACAAGAGCGAGUGCAACAUGUACUGCCUCGGCUGCAUGAACGGCGCGCUCUGCUCCCUCUGCCUCGCCCACCACCGCGACCACCACGCCAUCCAGAUACGGAGGUCGUCGUACCACGACGUGAUCCGGGUGUCGGAGAUACAGAAGGUGCUGGACAUCACCGGCGUGCAGACGUACAUCAUCAACAGCGCGCGCGUGGUGUUCCUCAACGAGCGGCCGCAGCCCCGCCCCGGCAAGGGCGUCACCAACACCUGCGAGGUCUGCGAGCGCAGCCUCCUUGACUGCUUCCGCUUCUGCUCGCUCGGAUGCAAAAUUGUCGGUACGUCCCGUGGCUACGGCCCCAGGAAGAAGCACGGCGGCCGUGGCGGCGGUGACGGCAGCGGUAACAAGAAGAAGAGGGCGGCGAUCAAGGACCUGGGUUCGGACUCGGAGGACUCGUUCAACAGCACCAGCGGCGGCAGCAGCGACAAGAGCAGCGUCGUGCAGAGCUUCUCGCCGUGGACUCCGCCGCCGACCUCCGCCAGCUACCGCUCCGGAAACAAGCGCCGCAAGGGCGUCCCGCACCGGUCGCCCUUCGGCAGCCUCAUCGUCGAGUUCUAGGACAAGACCCGACACAGUGUCUGUCCUGAUGGCUGAUAAACACUUCGACAGUGAACUCUGCUGUAUACAUGACAUAGCCAGGAAGGUAAUAACCGUGCGCCCCAACGGCCAUCCCUGCGCCUCUGGACGUGGAGGCCGGCCGGCGGCGCAAUGCCGGUGAAGGGCUAGAGCGGUAAGAACACACGUAGUACUGCUAUAGUUUGCUUCUUUCAGGUUCUAGUUACAGUUGCAGUUGCUAGUUACUGGCAAUAGUACCAGUAAGAUAGCUGCUGCAGUACUUACAGCCUCGUAAUCGCAUCUAAGCUUUGCAGCCUUGUACAUUGUAAUAUGCCAGUACUCUCCAUAUGGUAGAUGUAUAUAUAGAUGUAUUAUCACAAUGUGGGGUAGUAUCGUAGUAGUCAGUAAGGUGUUCGCAUGUGUAUCAGCCGUGUAAUAAAAAUAAAAAUGCUGCUCUAAUUAUGCCGGAA